AUGUUAAAAGUUAAUAGUCGUUUUUGGAUAUCGGGAUUCACGUUAGCAUACGUGUUAUUGGCGGUUAUUUUGCCAUUAUUGACACCAAACCAGGGUCAAGCAUUAGCCGCUGCGGGUGAAGAUAAUGACACUGAAAGCUACGGUACUGUGAUCGGUAUCGAUUUAGGUACCACAUAUUCGUGUGUGGGUGUUAUGAAGAACGGGAAGGUUGAAAUUUUGGCCAAUGACCAAGGUAACAGAAUUACACCAUCUUACGUUGCAUUCACACCAGAAGAAAGAUUGAUUGGUGACGCUGCUAAGAACCAGGCAUCAUCGAACGUCGAGAACACUGUAUUUGACAUCAAGAGAUUGAUUGGUUUGAAAUACAAUGACAAGACCGUACAAAAGGAAAUCAAGCAUUUGCCAUAUAAGAUUGACAAGAAGGACGGCAAGCCAGUGGUCAAGGUCGAAUUCAACAACGAGGCCAAGACCUUUUCUCCAGAAGAAAUUUCAGGAAUGAUUUUGACCAAGAUGAAGUCGAUUGCUGAAGAAUACAUGGGCAAGAAGAUCACCCAUGCGGUUGUCACUGUGCCAGCCUACUUCAACGAUGCUCAAAGACAAGCCACUAAGGAUGCCGGUACCAUCGCCGGUUUGAAUGUGUUGAGAAUUGUCAACGAACCAACCGCUGCUGCCAUUGCCUAUGGAUUGGACAAGACUGAUGGCGAAAAGCAAAUCAUUGUUUACGAUUUAGGUGGUGGUACCUUCGAUGUUUCAUUAUUGUCUAUUGAAGGAGGUGUUUUCGAAGUUUUAGCCACCGCUGGUGACACACACUUGGGUGGUGAAGAUUUCGACUUCAAGGUUGUUAGAUACUUGUCAAAGGUUUUCAAGAAGAAGCACAACAUUGAUAUUUCUGGUAACUCUAAGGCUAUUUCUAAGUUGAAGAGAGAAACCGAAAAGGCUAAGAGAACUUUAUCUUCGCAAAUGAGCACUAGAAUUGAAAUCGACUCUUUUGUCGAUGGUAUCGAUUUCUCCGAAACUCUUUCCAGAGCCAAGUUUGAAGAAUUGAAUAUUGAUGCAUUUAAGAAGACCUUGAAACCAGUUGAACAAGUGUUGAAGGAUGCUAAUGUUAAGAAGACUGACGUUGACGAUAUUGUUCUCGUUGGUGGUUCUACCAGAAUUCCAAAGGUUCAAGAAUUAUUAGAAAAAUUCUUCGACGGUAAGAAAGCAUCUAAGGGUAUCAACCCAGAUGAAGCGGUCGCCUACGGUGCUGCUGUUCAAGCUGGUGUUUUAUCUGGUGAAGAAGGUGUUAACGACAUUGUGUUAUUGGAUGUCAACCCAUUGACCUUAGGUAUUGAAACCACUGGUGGUGUUAUGACUACCUUGAUCAAGAGAAAUACCGCUAUCCCAACCAAGAAGUCCCAAAUUUUCUCCACCGCCGCCGACAACCAACCAACCGUGUUGAUUCAAGUUUUCGAAGGUGAAAGAGCAUUGGCCAAGGACAACAACAAGUUAGGUAAGUUCGAAUUGACUGGUAUUCCACCAGCUCCAAGAGGUGUUCCUCAAAUUGAAGUCACCUUUUCCUUAGAUGCCAAUGGUAUCUUAAAGGUCGAAGCUAUGGACAAGGGUACUGGUAAGUCCGAAUCUAUCACCAUCACUAAUGAUAAGGGUAGAUUAUCUAAGGAAGAUAUUGACAGAAUGGUUGAAGAAGCCGAAAAGUAUGCCGAACAAGAUUCAGAAUUAAAGGCCAAGAUUGAAUCGCGUAACUCUUUAGAAAACUAUGCCCACAUGUUAAAGGGGCAAGUUAAAGAUGAAUCUGAAAACGGUUUAGGCUCCAAGUUAGACGAUGAUGACAAAGAAACCUUAGAUGAUGCCAUUAAAGAAACUUUAGAAUUUAUAGAAGAUAAUUACGACUCUGCUACUUCGGAAGAGUUUGAAGAACAAAAGCAAAAAUUAAUCGAUGUUGCAAGCCCAAUUACUUCUAAAUUAUAUGGAGGUGGCACCGGUGGUGCUGAUGAAGCCCAAUUCGGUGACGAUGAUUCUGAUGAUGAAUUCGUACACGAUGAAUUGUAA